AUGGCGCUUGUUCCUCCAUCGAUGGCUACUUUCCCCCUUGCCCAGGCUGCAGCAGCUCCUGGCGAAGCGAUGUUCACUGCUCCAAAUGCUGCUAGUGUCGCUGCCUAUAAUGCGCUUGUUGCUGGCGUUGCCCCUCCCUACGUACCCGGUGCUAUCUUUCCAGGUCCCGUGUACAGAGCACUCGUAGCGCCAGCACCGAACUUUCUCCCCCCAGAUUUCAACGUCGAUGCACGCGAUGUUAUUGAUCCACUUACGUUAGGCCCGGUACCUGCAGUGCCACGAGAUUAUUUAAGGACUUAUGGUCGCACUCUUUGGCACUUUUAUCGUAUUUUGGUUGCUCAUGUCAACGAUAAUUGGGCAGAAAGGGUUGGAGUGCCAGGACUCAUGCCUUGGAACUUUUACGCUGAUCCGAUCCAAUUCGAUGUUCGAGUGGCCAACUGUUGGUUCGAUCCAGCACUUCCGACACGUGGCCUGGCAAGAUUGGCGGCUUUAUAUCCUGUCGCUGUUUUCCGAGAUAUGAGAUGUGUGUUAUUCCCAUUUAGUACCCUUGUUGCUGGCGUUCGACUCGAGCUCUUGAUCAUUGUAUCUCCAUUCGCAAAGACUAUCGAUUUGUUGAAGACUGAUCCAUUGGUUGAGCCUCCACCUUCAGCAGCCUCGGCGGCAGCGGACGCGAUGGGACAUAUCAUGCGUUUAGUGGCUCUUCAUCUGGGCGAUGAGUUUGACCCAAGGGACUGGAAGAUGAGAGAUAGGGGAUCAUCGCUGAAUACACUGGGAACAUUUACCGACCAUCAGAUGAUAUUGGCCGCAGAUGCAAUGGCUUUACUCUUCGGAUAUGACAUUAGCUUCUUGGGAUUGUCUCCGGCACCAGCAAGAUUUCCACCUUUGCCUAUCCCGCUACCAAUGCUUGAUGCCUUUCGAGCUCGAUUUACACACAUCAUUGCAACAGGAAGUCUACCUCUACCGGCACCUAUUGCGAACGAUUACGCUUUCCGCUUGGUCCCUCGAAAGAAAAAUCAAAUGAGAAGAGCUCUUGCCUAGGG